UGUUUACACGGAAAAGGCGGCUAUCGCGUUAGUGCAGCAGCCGCAGCUGUUUUUCGGUAAAUUAGCGCCUGUGAGGCGAAAAGGACGCGUUUGAAAGACAUCAGUAGCCAUGCGCUCUCUGAACUAUGUUCACCGGGUCAGCUUAGACUUUACAGGGACGCUGUUUCCGCACGCCAUCUGUCUGGGAGACGCAGACAACGACUCGCUGAACGAGCUGGUUGUAGGAGACACCAGUGGAAAGCUGCUUGUUUACAAGAAUGAUGACUCCAAACCUUGCAUCACGAGGUCAUGUGUGGGCAUGCUGACUUGUGUUGCUGUUGGAGAUGUCUGCAACAAAGGAAAGAACUUCGUGGUUGCUGUGGGCGCAGAGGGCUGGUUUCAUCUCUUUGACCUCACAGUUGCCACCGCAGGCAAGGCUGAUUCGUCCAGCCAACACGAGUUCCAAUCAUCUGAUGACCAGAGGCCCUUCUUCACCCAACAUAUUCCUGCCAACACCAAAGUCAUCCUCAUCAGUGAUAUUGAUGGAGAUGGGCGCUGCGAGCUGGUGGUGGGAUACACAGACCGAGUGGUCCGUGCAUUUCGUUGGGAGGAGCCAUCUGACAGCUCUGAUGUGGGACCUGGUCAGUUGAUACUGCUGAAGAAAUGGCUACUGGAGGGACAGGUGGACAGUCUGUCAGUGAACCCAGGUCCAGAGGGGUUACCUGAGCUCAUGGUGUCUCAGCCGGGCUGCGGUUAUGCCAUCCUGCUCUGUUCCUGGACGCAGCAGGACUCAUCGGAAUCUGGUGACGACGCCCCUGCCACGCCUGGGAGCGAGGGGCCUUCCAGAGACGUAGUUCUCCAUCUGACCACCGGGCGGAUACACAACAAGAACGUUUCCACUCACCUCAUUGGUAGCAUUAGCAAAGGUUCCAAAGAAGAAUCAUCAAAGUGUGGACUGUUUGCUCUCUGUACUUUAGAUGGGACGCUGAAGCUGAUGGACAGCUCGGAGCAGUUGUUGUGGUCGGUGCAGGUGGAUCAUCAGCUGUUUGCCCUGCAGAAGCUCGACGUCACUGGGGAUGGCAGAGAGGAGGUGGUGGCGUGCGCUUGGGAUGGUCAAACCUACAUCAUUGACCACAAUCGGACCGUGGUGCGGUUCCAGUUUGACGAGAACGUCAACGCCUUCUGUGCAGGUCAGUACACGUGCAAGGAGGGUACAAACAGCCCCUGCCUCGUCUACGUCAGCUUCAACCACAAAAUCUACAUCUACUGGAAGGUGGUGCUGGAGCGCAUGGAGUCCACCAACCUGCUGCGAGUGCUGGAGGAGAAACCAGAGUUUAAAAGCCACCUGAAGGUGCUGGGAGUCGAUGCUGAGGAUUCAGCUGCAGUUCGAGCCCUGGUGGCAGAUGUUCUCUACAAAGAUGCACAGACGUAGCACAGUGACAUACAUCACCACGCCGCCUUCUCUGUUUUCCCCCUGACUGUAAAUACUCUGUAAAUAAACACUGC